UAUUAUAUUUUUAUUUUACAUUUUUCAUUUAUAUUUAUUGUGAAUUUAUAAGACUAAAUAAGACAAAGAAGAAAAUAGCAAAACUAACAACAACAACUUAGUUGGCUGUGUUCCAAUUUGUUUAUUGCCUGCUAAUUUAGGUUUUUUUGAACUUACAUCUAAACCAGAAUACCUACCGAAUGUUUUUUUGAUUAUUUGUAAUAAUAAAUUUGUUUUUCAGGUAUUGAGCUGGUCUAUUAGCUGCUACAUCUAAAAGCUUCAUUUCAUAGAAAGCAUCUAGGUCAUUGACUAUGAAAAAAAAUAAUUGUACUGGAGAAUACGCCUUGGUUCUUUCCAGUAUGACGUCCUUAACAAUUUUCACGCCAGCCUCGCUUAUAUUAUUCGUAUUUUGACCUCUGGUUAUCAAGCCUUUCCUAAAACAUAAUGCCCACUGCUCUUUCCUUUGGUAUAAAUUGGUUAAAUAUGUUAUAAAUAUUGGGUAUGUUUUAACUAAUGUUUGUUGAAGUGCCUUAUUAAAUGUACUUGCAAGUUCUUCUUCAUUUUUUGAAUAUAUCAUUUCUUUUAUUAUAGAAUAUAAGGUAUAGCGAUGAUGAAGAGGUACACCGUGGUUUGAAUCCCAUAGAUACCUCCAAGUAGCUUGUAGAACGUGAAAAAUACAAAGUAAAAGUAUUGAUUCAGGAAAAACUGAAUGCAAUGCACUUCUUUCAGCCGCUGAGUCAUCAGACAUAAAAAUCUUUGGACCUUUUGUACCUCUACCUGCCAGUGAUUUAGUGUUCCUACAGGUAUACCUCCAGCACAACUAUUUGUAUAAAUCAUGAAGACUUUACAACCAUACCUGUCCAUAUUUGCUGAAGCAUCUAUAAAAAGAAUUUCUCCACAUUCAUUUAAUUCGCAACUAAUUCUGCUCAUUAAAGGAGUGACUAUUGCUAUGGCAAAGUUUCCAUUCUCAAGUUCUUUCAUAGCAGCUGUGUCAGACAUGCAUUCAGUAUUAUAUUCUUGUAUUGCAUCCUUUAGAGAUGAAAUCAUUUGCUCACCAUGUGAUGGCGUUUUACCUUCCUCAAAUAAUUUCAAAAACUUGGCUUUUAUUUCCUCAGAUGGUAUUCUGUGUUUCAUGACAUCAGCCCUUAAAAUAUGGUGGUUAUGGGUGUGUUUCAACAGAACCCUGGCAUAUGUUUUGAAACUAUUGGAUGAAGAAUUGUCAUCGUUCCUAGAUUAUAAAUAAAAAUUAAUUCAAAUACAUUUGUUUAUUAAUUGAACUUACAACGUAAUAUGCUCAGACAACAAAUCAUUAUCUUCGUCUUUUAAUAUUUGUAUACCCAAUGUCGCUUUACAGUCGAAAUGCUUUUCACUUGGAUUUGAAUUAGCCUUUGGUCUUGUGUUGUGAUGACAUCUGUAUCGUUUCUAUUUAAAAUUCAACAAAAAAUAAUAAAAUGUAUUUAUACACACA